CUGCGAUUCUUUUCGAGGGUCGAGGAAUAUAAAGACUACACGCAGACAAUUGCGAGCCGUUUCACCGCUACCUUCAGCAGACGACGGAAGCCAGGCAGCCGAGCCGGCGAGGGAUUUUUGGGCGGAGGGAGUGCUUUCUUCUCUUAUCUCCACCGUGAUCACCAGUAUUCGUAUCUCCGACCGAAGGCUUUCCGUUCUACCCUUUUCGGCAGGAAUCUUGUGUCCAGGAAGAUGACGCUAGGCGAGGAAGAAAUCACUAGGCUGUGGAGGAUCGGGAAGACUGUAUAUCAAAUGCUAAGGGACCGGGGGUACCUUGUCGUUGAAUCUGAGGACAAAAUAAGUAAACAUCAGUUCAUUUCAAAGCACGGCCAAAACAUGAAAAGGGAAGACCUUACAAUCCAGAAAUCUAAGAAAAAUGAUUCCAUGGAUAAGGUAUGCUAUUUUUCCCCCCUUGUCUGAAUAGGAUGAAGAGUAUUAACUGCAAUGUUUUUGUACUAUGCAAAGUUAUACCUGGUUAAAGUUUCAGUAUUCAGAAAUUGCAUAUGUUUGUGAAUGUAAUUAUAUUGAAUUUUUAUGAGUAGCUACCACUUGCUUGAAGAAUAGAACACCGGUUUGGACCUGCAUUGGCACCUGCACCUGCAUGAGCAUGAGUAUUUUGAUAGAUGUGAUUGUCAUUGAAGUGUGAAUCUAUAAAACUUUUAUGGGUAGAUUGAGAAAAACGGUGGAAGAAAGCAGCUGUAUGUGAUUAAAACUGAUAUCAGGAAGCAUGCUCUUAUUAUUGGGAGCUUGAUUGAACAACCAUUUUAUCCUUGUGAAAUGAAUGGUACUGUUUGGAACAAGCAUUUUGAUUGGAGUAUCACUCCUUAGAGAUCGUGAAAGCAAUUAUCAGCAGCUAUUCAUGUUGUCCUCUUAUAUGUUGUUAUGUUCCAUUCUUGGUUUAAUUUGCUUGACAUAGAAGCAGAAGAUACUCCAUGUAUGCUCUUUUGAUUUAGUCUAUGUUUUCUCAUGGUUGCCUUAUUGAAUCUUUUCUCUACCAGAUUUAUGUUUUCUUCCCGGAGGAAGCUAAGGUUGGUGUGAAAACAAUGAAGACCUAUAUAAAUCGCAUGAAAACAGAGAAUGUCUUCAGGGCAAUCUUGGUUGUUCAACAAAAUUUGACUCCAUUUGCUAAAACAUGUGUAGCUGAAAUGUCGAGCAAAUUUCAGUUGGAGGUCUUCCUGGAGGCAGAGCUGUUGGUCAAUAUCAAAGAUCAUGUUCUUGUCCCUACACAUGAAGUGCUCACAAAUGAGGAAAAGAAGACCUUGCUAGAAAGAUACACUGUGAAAGAAACGCAGCUGCCUCGGAUCCAGUUGACUGAUCCAAUUGCCAGAUACUACGGGCUGAAGAGAGGUCAAGUGGUGAAGAUUAUCAGGCCAAGCGAGACUGCUGGCCGAUAUGUCACCUACAGAUAUGUUGUAUGAACAACUCUCCUUCGCGGAUAAUGGAAGCCAUUUCAAUUCCAAUGCACUGGUCGCAUCUCUUGGAUAUCUCUAUUCCUUGUCCUUCUUUCGGUUCCAUUUGCUCUGGUUUUUGUGGAUUCUCUGAUUUGUAAGGCUACCUGUUUCCAGGCAGAGAGAUUUUGAUCCUAAUGUAAGGCAAGAUGGGUUGGUCACUGAGUAGAAAAAUAACGAUUAUGCUUGUUGGUUUUGUCUGGUUUAAGUUGGAUAAACAUUAUGACAGAGGACUUGCCUGAUUGUAUCACAGCAUAGUUAGUCUCUCGUAUGAACUGAAAGC